GUAAUAAAAGUUUCAGAGAGAGCAGAGGAAACAGAGGAGAAGGAGCAUCGGGUAAAAUAAUUUCAGAAAAAUUUCUCAGAAUGGAUGGAGGAGGGUUUUUAGGUUGAAAGGGCUCUCCGUAAGCACAAUGCAUGAAAGUCAGCUCACACCAAGACAUACCCGUGGUGCGACUUCAAACAUGGAGCCAUCCGAGAUCCUGGAAGCUUUCAGAGAGAAAAACCAGGUCACAAAAAAAUUACCGGGACUCAGAAUAGCUCAACAGUAACACUGGAAGCCUAGAAGACAAUGCAGCCAUGCCUAAAAAAUUUUAAGGAAAAUCACUUCCGACCCAGAAUUCUAUAUCCAGCAAAACUACCUUUAAUCAACUAUAGGGUAGAACAAAGAUAUUUUUAGACAGGCACGAUUUCAAAACUUUCUUUCUUUUGUGGCCUCCUUCUUGGGCUGCUGCUGGUGUUCUACUGAAACAGCUGGUAGGAGGGGAAGAUGUGGCAUUAGGAAAGAGAAGCAGGGCGAGGAGGGCAUCUCAGGGUGCCAGCAGGGCAGGGAGAGCGACCAGCUCACGUGCCCAGGCCAGGCAGCGCCAAAAAGUGGAACCAGGCAGCAAGCUGACUGGCUGCCUGGACCCUGGGAGGGGAGGCGCAGAUAACCGGCAGAGCGUGGGGUGGAAUCUGUGAGAAGUUUGUAGAAAGUGAGCGAGCAUAAAAAUGACAAUUAUUAACUCUAGGAAAAACAAACCCCCAAAAAUGUGCUGGAAAGGAAAAGUAAGCAAAGUCAGCUGCAUGCCUCUAGCCCAAGGAGUGUUUACAAAGUAAAAGCAAUGCAAACACUGAAGAUGCUUUCACCUAGACUGUGCUGUCUGGGAGGAUGGGGAGCCAGGAGCGGGACGUGGCGUCAGGGCUGCAGAAGGGAGGGAAGCUAAACCCCUGCCCUCCAGAGAGAUAAUGGUGUCGGGCUCGUCAUCCAGCUCCAAGUAUGACCCUGAGAUCCUGAAAGCCGAAAUUGCCACCGCCAAGUCCCGGGUCAACAAGCUCAAGAGAGAGAUGGUUCACCUCCAGCAAGAGCUGCAGUUCAAAGAGCGUGGCUUUCAGACCCUGAAGAAAAUCGAUAAGAAAAUGUCUGAUGCUCAGGGCAGCUACAAACUGGAUGAAGCCCAGGCUGUCUUGAGAGAAACAAAAGCCAUCAAAAAGGCCAUCACUUGUGGAGAAAAAGAAAAGCAAGACCUCAUUAAGAGCCUCGCCAUGCUGAAGGAUGGCUUCCGCACGGACAGAGGGUCCCACUCUGACCUGUGGUCCAGCAGCAGCUCUCUGGAGAGUUCGGGUUUCUCGCUGCCAAAACAGUACCUGGACGUGAGCUCGCAGACUGACAUCUCGGGAAAUUUUGGCACGAGCAGCAACAAUCAGUUGGCAGAGAAGGUCAGACUGCGCCUUCGAUAUGAAGAGGCUAAGAGAAGGAUCGCCAACCUGAAGAUCCAGCUGGCCAAGCUCGACAGCGAGGCCUGGCCUGGAGUGCUGGACUCGGAAAGGGACCGGCUCAUCCUCAUCAACGAGAAGGAGGAGCUGCUGAAGGAGAUGCGCUUCAUCAGCCCCCGCAAGUGGACCCAGGGGGAGGUGGAGCAGCUGGAGAUGGCCCGGAAGCGGCUGGAGAAGGAUCUGCGGGCAGCUCGGGACACGCAGAGCAAGGCCCUGACGGAGAGGUUAAAGUUGAACAGCAAGAGGAACCAGCUGGUGAGAGAACUGGAGGAAGCCACCCGACAAGUAGCAGCUCUGCACUCCCAGCUGAAAAGCCUCUCAAGCAGCACGCAGUCCCUGUCCUCAGGCAGCAGCCCUGGAUCCCUCACAUCCAGCCGGGGCUCCCUGGCCGCCUCCAGCCUGGACUCCUCCGCCUCAGCCAGCUUCACUGACCUCUACUAUGACCCCUUCGAGCAGCUGGAGUCGGAGCUGCAGAGCAAGGUGGAGUUCCUGCUCCUGGAGGGGGCCACUGGCUUCCGGCCCUCGGGCUGCAUCACCACCAUCCAUGAGGACGAGGUGGCCAAGUCCCAGAAGGCAGAGGGGGGCAGCCGCCUGCAGGCCCUGCGCUCCCUGUCUGGCACCCCGAAAUCCAUGACCUCCCUGUCCCCCCGCUCCUCCCUCUCCUCUCCGUCCCCGCCCUGCUCUCCUCUCAUUGCUGACCCGCUGCUGGCUGGAGAUGCUUUCCUGAGCCCUCUGGAGUUUGAAGACCCGGAGCUGAGCGCCACUCUUUGUGAACUGAGCCUCAGCGGCAGCACCCGGGAAACAUACCGGCUGGACGAACCAGGAACGGAAGGCAAACAGUUGGGCCAAGCUAUGAAUACAGCCCAGGGGUGCAGCCUGAAAGUGCCCUGUGUCUCCGCUGCUGUGUCAGAUGAAUCUGUGGCCGGGGACAGUGGUGUGUAUGAGGCUUCUGUGCAGAGACUGGGUACUUCAGAAGCCACCGCUUUUGACAGUGACGAAUCAGAAGCAGUGGGUACAACCCGGGUUCAGAUUGCCCUGAAGUAUGAUGAGAAGAAUAAGCAAUUUGCAAUAUUAAUCAUCCAGCUCAGUAACCUUUCUGCUCUGUUGCUGCAACAGGACCAGAAAGUGAACAUCCGUGUAGCUAUCCUACCCUGCUCCGAAAGCACCACCUGCCUGUUCCGGACCCGGCCCCUGGACGCCUCAGACACUCUCAUGUUCAAUGAAAUGUUCUGGGUGUCCAUGUCCUAUCCAGCCCUUCACCAGAAGACCUUAAGAGUCGAUGUCUGUACCACCGACAGGAGCCAUCUGGAGGAGUGCCUGGGAGGCGCCCAGAUCAGCCUGGCUGAGGUCUGUCGGUCUGGGGAGAGGUCGACUCGCUGGUACAACCUCCUGAGCUGCAAAUACUUGAAGAAGCAGAGCAGGGAGCCCAAACCAGUGGGAGCCACCCCAGGGCCGGAAAGCAUGGACGCCGUGUCUGCUCUGUUGGAACAGACAGCAGUGGAGCUGGAGAAGCGGCAGGAGGGAAGGAGCAACACACAGACCCUGGAAGACAGCUGGAGGUACGACGAGACCAGCGAGAAUGAAGCGGCCGAGGAGGAGGAGGAGGAGGGAGAGGAGGAUGUUUUCGCUGAGAAAGCCUCAUCUGAUCAGGACGAGUGCCCAGCGUUAAAGGUGGACAAAGAGACCAACACGGAGACCCCAGCCCCAUCUCCCACAGUGGUGCGGCCCAAGGACCGCCGGGUGGGUACACCAUCCCCGGGGCCCUUUCUUCGAGGGAGCACCAUCAUCCGCUCUAAGACCUUCUCCCCAGGACCCCAAAGCCAGUAUGUGUGCCGGCUGAACCGAAGUGACAGUGACAGCUCCACGCUGUCCAAGAAGCCACCUUUUGUUCGAAACUCCCUGGAGCGGCGCAGCGUCCGGAUGAAGCGGCUCUCCCUCCUCCCGCAGCCUUCAUCAGUGAAAUCCCUGCGUGCCGAGCGCCUGAUCCGCACGUCACUGGACCUCGAGCUGGACCUGCAGGCGACCAGGACCUGGCACAGCCAGCUGACUCAGGAGAUCUCGGUGCUGAAGGAGCUCAAGGAGCAACUGGAACAAGCCAAGAGCCACGGGGAGAAGGAGCUGCCGCAGUGGGUGCGUGAGGAUGAGCGCUUCCGCCUGCUGCUGAGGAUGCUGGAGAAGCGGGUGAGAGCCAUGCAAGAGAUGGACCGAGCAGAGCACAAGGGUGAGCUCCAGACAGACAAGAUGAUGCGGGCAGCCGCCAAGGAUGUGCACAGGCUUCGAGGCCAGAGCUGUAAGGAGCCCCCGGAAGUGCAGUCCUUCAGGGAGAAGAUGGCAUUUUUCACCCAGCCUCGGAUGAAUAUCCCGACCCUCUCUGCAGACGAUGUCUAAUCGCCAGAAAAGUAUUUCCUUUGUUCCACUGACCACGCUGUGAACAUAGACUGUGGCUAAAGUUAUUUAUGUGGUGUUAUAUGAAGGUACUGGUCACAAGUCCUCUAGCGUUCUUGUCGGUUCGAAGACGAACAGCUGUUUUUUUGUUUUUUAGUUUGGGUUCUAUUAUUAUUAAAAAAAACAAAAACAAAAAAAAAACAAAAACAAAAACCAGCAUUAAAAUGACAAGAUUGUAUAGUUUGUAUAUUUAGGAAUGUAUUUUUGAGAAAGAAAAUUUAAAUGAACUAAAGCAGUGUUGCUGCUCUUCUUAAAAUUGUUUAGAUUUUUUUUUUCUUUUUUGUACAGCUCUACCUUCUAGAGGUUUCACUGCAAUAAGAAGUAAUGUUUCAGGGACGGUAAUCCUAAAAGGACGUCCCGCCGGUGUCAACAGCACAGCUGACCUUUCCUACUUAACACAUUUUGUACAAUAUUAAAAAAAAAUGUCCAGAAUCAUUUGGGGAAUUCUGAGGUGCAUUUGCAAGUCUUCAUGAGCUGUGACGUGUUUGUAUGUGGCCGCCUGACGUGGGGCAGGCAACACGGAGCUGGCCGAGCAGCCCAGCCUGUGCUGGAGGCAGGCCUGCCCACGCCAGUCUCGGAUGCCCAGUGAAGCCACUGAGUGAGUGAGGGAGGGCUGUGGAGAGCUCCUUUCAGUUUUAUCUCCAUCAAUAAAGUGGCCUUUCUGAACGAA